AUGGAAGUACAAUUUGGAAUUGGUAAAGUUUCAUUGCAUCGUUAUUUUCUACGUGUGAUUCAUGCUCUGUAUGAUAUUUCCUCUGAAGUAAUUCGUUGGCCAGAUGGCCAUAAUAUAAAUAAGAUAAAGAAUGAGUUUUAUGGAAAGGCUGGCAUGCCUGAUGUUAUUGGUGCAAUUGAUGGCAGCCAUAUAGAAAUAGAAGCCCCGAAGAUAGAUGCUGCAUCAUAUCGCACUAGUAAGAAAAAAUAUACUGUCCAACUUCAAGCAGUUUGUGACGCAUCCUUAGUUUUUACAGACUGUUUUGCUGGCUAUCCAGGGGCAGUCCAUGACGUUUGUGUGCUCCAUAAUUCUCCGUUAUAUAGGGACGCAAUGAGAAAUGAACGUGCUUUAUUUCCCAAUGGAGAAUAUUUUAUUGGAGAUAAAGGCUACCAGCCA